CAUUCUAAAUCGACGCCUGGCUGACUGCGGACGCGCUCCUCGGAUCGAAUCGAAUCGCCUUCGAAUUGGUCGGUCGUUGGUUGAUCAAGUGUCGCGUGCGCUAAUCAUUAAUUAAGUGUCUUAGGAAAAAAGUCCCAAUUUGGCUAUCGAAACGGGUUUCCAUCUACCAGUGCAUUUGCGAGCUGCCUUGCCUUUGCGGCAGGCUCAUUUAUGAAAAAGAAAUAUCGUUUGCGGCCAGUUAGAUUUUCACCUGAAUCACCUGCAAUCGAACGCAAUUAUCAUACCGGCAAAAUGGAAACCACAACACCUGUGCUCGACCUGUUGAUGCCGCACAACUCAACUACUGUGGCGCCUCCGAAAGCGCUCUAUGCAAAUCGAAAUCGCCUGAUUAUUGGUGUUAUUAUCAUGGUUCUGGGCGUUUUUGGCAAUUCGCUGGCCCUUUUCAUUUUGGCGCGCAAGAAGCUCAACAAAAACAGCAAAUACACGCUCAUGCUGCGAUGCCUGGCGACCAACAAUCUGGUGGCUCUACUGGGCAUGCUGACCACGACGCUGCUGAAAAUGUAUCUCUCAAAGGAAGUCCUGCAGUCGUUCAUCCGAGUGGAUUGCGUGGGACUCGUGGUUUGGCGAUUUUUCGGGCUCAGUUCUGGAUGCAUUGCAGCAGUUAUGGCGGCAGAAAGAUGGAUGGCCCUAGCCAGACCCUUUAUCUACCACAAGCACAUUACCUACGAGCUCAUUCGCAAGAGCAUCAACAGCAUUCUGAUGAUCGCCGUGGUGAUCACGUUCCUGCCAUUCGUUGGUUUUGGUGCAUACAUCGAUGAAUCCAAUCCGGACCAGCUUAAGUGUAUACGAUAUCGCGAUGCGCCGGGCGUGUGGAACAAGACGUAUGCGGUGCUCUUUAUGGUCUUCGGUACCCUGCUGUGCAUUGUAAUCGUGGCCUGCAACCUCUUCGUGGCCCACACCUUGCUCUGUGUGAUCGGAAGGAGUCGCACGGCCAAGCGGCAUAUGCACUACGACCUGGUUUCCAGGGACAAAAACAGUGCCAUCAGCAUCGAUCCCGAGAGCAGCAGCGGCACCACCCUCUACCAGACGCAGCUGAGCACCGGAAGCGGAAACAGCCAUCGCAGUGUACAGCCGGCAAGGCAGUACAGGCACAGCGUUAGCGUCACAAUGGCGGCCACCGACUCCUCGCCAGUCGAGAUCAAGUUCGCCAAACUAAUGGCGUUCCUCAGCAUCUCGUUCGUCAUCUGCUGGAUGCCACAGAUGAUCGCCAUCCCGUUGGCUAUAGCUCCAAAUCGGGUGCCCGCAUCGAACAAGUUCUUCAUCAUCGCCGAUGUUCUUACGGCGCUGCACUUCACCUCGGAUCCGUAUGUCUAUGUGCUGAGUCGCUCCAAGUCCAUCAACUGGUCCUUGCUGGGAUGCAUUAAGCGCUGGAGGAGCGGAUGGCGUCCGGGCGGACUUCGUCGUUCCCAGAGCGACCAGAGCCGCAUGCGUACGACGAUGACGGAGGCGAAUACUCUGGAAUUCAACUGAUUCCACUCGAUCUUCAUACCGCGCGCCCCCAAGUACUUAAUCCCAUUUCCCGACUCAGUGGGAUCUCACUCAAAAAAGCGUUUCCGCCUCCCUCGGAGCAUUCCUGGGAGUAGCGCCUAGUCUCGUAAGCUGUAAAUAAUAAAUAUAUCCCACUUCGUAUCUUACUAUAUCAAGGCUUUCCUUAUAUGUAUGUAUUCUCACCUCACUUAAUCUCUGUACCGAUUUGUAGCAUUAAAUAUAACGCUUGUGUAAAAAGAUCAAGUAUUAAAUGUAUUAAUUGUGCGCUAAAACG